AUGGAAAAAUAUCAGAACCUAGGAUUGGUUGGAGAAGGGAGUUAUGGAAUGGUAAUGAAGUGUAGGAACAAAGAUAGUGGAAGAAUUGUGGCCAUCAAGAAGUUUUUAGAAAGUGAUGAUGACAAAAUGGUUAAAAAAAUUGCUAUGCGAGAAAUUAAGUUACUAAAGCAACUGAGGCAUGAAAAUUUGGUGAAUCUGUUGGAAGUGUGUAAGAAAAAAAAAAGAUGGUACCUAGUCUUUGAAUUUGUUGACCACACAAUUCUUGAUGACUUAGAGCUCUUUCCAAAUGGACUAGACUGCCAAAUAGUACAAAAGUAUUUGUUUCAGAUUAUUAAUGGAAUUGGAUUUUGUCACAGUCAUAAUAUCAUACACAGAGAUAUAAAGCCAGAGAAUAUAUUAGUCUCCGAGUCUGGUGUUGUCAAGUUAUGUGAUUUUGGAUUUGCACGGACAUUGGCAGCUCCUGGGGAGGUUUAUACUGAUUAUGUGGCAACCCGAUGGUACAGAGCUCCAGAACUAUUGGUUGGUGAUGUCAAGUAUGGCAAAGCUGUUGAUAUUUGGGCCAUUGGUUGUCUGAUAACUGAAAUGCUGAUGGGGGAACCCCUAUUUCCUGGAGAUUCUGAUAUUGAUCAGCUAUAUCAUAUUAUGACGUGUUUAGGUAAUCUGAUUCCAAGACAUCAGGAGCUGUUUUAUAAAAAUCCUAUGUUUGCUGGAAUAAGGUUGCCUGAAAUCAAGGAAAUGGAACCUCUUGAAAGACGCUAUCCUAAGCUCUCUGAGGUGGUGAUAGAUUUAGCAAAGAAAUGCUUAAAUAUUGAUCCAGAUAAGAGACCCUUCUGUGCCGAGCUCCUACACCAUGAUUUCUUUCAAAUGGAUGAAUUUGCUGAGAGGUUUUCUCAGGAACUACAGUUAAAAAUACAGAAAGAUGCCAGAAAUGUUUCUUUAUCUAAAAAAUCCCAAAACAGAAAGAAGGAAAAGGAAAAAGAUGAUUUCUUAGGUGAAGAAAGAAAAACACUUGUGGUACAGGAUAACAAUGCUGAUCCCCAAAUUAAGGAUUCUAAAGUAUUUAAAAUAAAAGGGUCAAAAUUUGAUGGACAAAAAGUUGAAAAAGGUAGUAGAGCUUCAAACACCAGCUGCCUCCACGACAACGGGACCAGCCACAUCAAAACAGUGCCUUCAACAAGCCCGAAAGACUGCAGCAAUGUCAAUGGGGACCAUACAAGGAAUCCAGGCAUGGCAAUUCCCCCACUUACGUACAAUCUUUCAGCCGUUGCUGCUGGUAUUAAUUCUGGAAUGGGAAGUAUCCCAGGAGUUCAGAGUUACAGAGUGGAUGAAAAAACUAAGAAGUAUUAUAUUCCAUUUGUUAAAUCAAAUAAACAUUCUCCAUCUGGCAUUUAUAAUAUUAAUGUGACCACAUCUGUCUCUAGUGAAAAGAGGCUCUUUCAAGCAAAUAAGAAAAGAAGGGAAUACUCUAAGACAGAUAUCCAUUUGCCUGAACUGAAUUAUAAUCAUCUCCCUGAACUACGAGACUUGGAAGGUAUGGUUCGAAAUUCCAGACUUGUAAGGAAAGAGAACAAAAUUCUUUCAGAGUCUCGAAUUCCUUCUCUGGCUGCUAUUGACCUACAUGUUCCCAGUAUUGCAUUACAUCAGGUAUCAGGAUCUCCCCUGUCAGAUGAUUCAGAGGCUGAUUUACCUCAAAUGGAACACCAGCACUGA